AUGAUACAUGCCGAAAGGCGGAAAUCGAUGGCUGAACGCCGUCCUUCGACGUUAAAUCGGUCGUCGUCCAGUGCGGAACGUAUGGGCACCGUGGUGCCACAUUUGGCUGGGAUUGAAGAUCCAUUGCCUGACAGCACACCGGAGAAAGUUGACGUGGUUUUGGUAGGCACAGGUCUUGUGGAGAGUAUUUUGGCAGCGGCACUUUCGUGGCAAGGAUCCAGUGUGUUGCAAAUCGACUCGAAUUCGUACUACGGCGACUCGUCUGCCACACUGACGAUUGACCAGCUGAAACAGUGGGUCGAGGAUAUUAAUAAGAAUGAUUCAAAGUGCUACGAAAACGCCAAGCUACACAUAUCGGGUCUCAUCGGAAGAGGCUCAUACAAGUCGCGGGACUUUGGUAUCGAUUUGUCGCCCAAAAUUCUGUUUGCCAAGUCCGACCUGUUGUCGAUUUUGCUCAAAUCUCGUGUGCACCAGUAUCUCGAGUUCCAGUCCCUGUCAAGCUUCCAUACCUAUGAAAAUGACUCCUUUGAAAGACUCACAAACACGAAACAAGAAAUCUUCACAAAUCCAUCGCUUCCUCUCAUGACGAAGAGGAACCUUAUGAAAUUCAUAAAAUUCGUCCUGGACUGGAGCAAUCAGCCUGAGGUAUGGGAAGCGUAUAAGGACAAGCCCGUGGCUUCAUUUCUAGUGGAAAAGUUCAAAUUAGAGCGUGCUCAGGUUUAUGAAUUGAUUUUUUCGAUAGGACUGUGCUACAAUAUUGACAUCAAAACUCCCGAGGCUUUACAAAGAAUAAGAAGAUACCUUACUAGUUUCGACGUCUACGGCCCGUUCCCAGUUCUGUAUUCCAAAUAUGGGGGUCCGGGUGAACUUUCUCAAGGAUUCUGCCGCUCGGCCGCUGUCGCCGGAGCCACGUACAAGUUGAACGAAACUAUGGUGUCUUAUAACCCAGACUCCAGAAUUGCUGUUUUCGGUGACGCCUCGAAAGUGAGCGUAACGGAGAAGGUUGUUAUAGCCCCAACCCAAAGUCCAGAAAACAGUAAAAAUGUGCCUGAGCAAAAGUAUGAAGUUCAGAGACUGACUUGUGUUGUGGACAAAGCAUGCAUCGAAUGGUUUGGAGAAGGCGAACAUGCUGCUGUGGUAGUCUUUCCUCCCAACUCACUGAAAUCAGGCAACCGCCAGGCAGUGCAAGCGCUGAUUAUGGGUGCGGGAAGUGAUGUUUGUCCCACAGGCACAUCGGUAUGGUAUUUGAGCUCAACGGAGACCGGUAUUAGAGGCGAAAUGGAUCUUGAUGCGGCACUGGGUGCCUUGGAAGAAAGUAUUUUGCGCGAAUCCUCAGCAGAUCUUGAAAACGACGAUGGUAUAUUGGAGGUUGACAACAGCGGACAUAUGACAUUGAACUCAGUCAAAUUGGGGCAGUCUUUCCAGGAAAAUGCUCAGAGAGAGAAGUUGCAGGUCCUUGUGAAACUGUACUUCAAACAGUUUACCUCAACGCCGCCGUUUGAAGUUGUAAACCCAUCAAUAUUUGAUGUCAGCGCUAUGACAAACGGGAAGCUGGUUCCGGGAGCCAGCGAUAAUGGCGUCCUAUACACGCCACUUCCCUCGGCAGAAAUUUCUUACGAUGAAGCCAUCACAGCGGCACGCAUGUUGUUUCAGAAGAUUGUUGGUAGCGAUGACGACUUUUUCGACUUGGAUUUUGAAGAUGACGAAGAGAAUGAGCAGAUUAAUGAAUCUGCGGUCAUAGACGAUGACGACGCUGAAAAGAUGAACAUGACUCUCGAUGCAGAGAUGAGUGUGGAACCGGUAGAAUUCGCAGGCGAAAUGGAAAUAUGA